AUGACGUGUUGCUCAUCGAAUUCCUCGCUGUCAGAUUUUGGAACUUUGCAAAGAUGUCCGAAUCGAGUUGGAAGUAUUACAGUAAUUCUUGGACCAAUGUUUAGUGGUAAAACGUGAGUUUGAUAAUUUUGGGGUGGAAAUUUGAAUGCGCAUUCAAAUUGCAGCGUUUUGACUCCACGUGACAAUAUUUUAAAAGUUUCCACUCUAAUUUAAUUCCAACAAAAUUUGAAAGUUCAUCUGGCACUGAUUUUUUUUUCAAAAGUUUUUUUUCAGCACCGAAUUACUGCGACUACACGAUCGUCAAAUAAUUGCCAAAAGGACGUGUGUUCUGGUUAAAUAUGCUGGAGAUACAAGAUAUGAUGCAGAACUCGUUGCAACACAUUCAAAGUGAGUCUAUUUAAUUAAUUAGCAAAAAAUCCAAAAUUUCACUCAAAAAUUCAUUUUUUUUUCAAAAGUACGUGAGAAGUUCCAAGCCUUCCAAGAUCAAUUUCAAAUCGCAGCCAAACACAGCGCUGAUUAAUGAAUCUACAAAUAACUAAUUAAUUAUAGAGUCAUUGGACAAGGUCGAACUGUAAAAGCUCAUCAUUUAUCCGAAGUUCGCGCCGAAAUCUUCGACGACGAUGUGCAAGUUGUUUCAAUCGAUGAAGGUCAAUUUUUCGACGAUCUAGCUGAAACUUGCGAACAACUCGCGCAACGCGGAAAAGUUGUCUGCGUCGCGGCUCUCAACGGAACCUUCGAACGAAAACCGUUCCCUCAAGUUUCGCUCCUUCUUCCUUAUGCAAAUGAGAUCAAACAAGUUUCGGCGGUUUGCGUUGAUUGUGGAGCACAAGCGAAUUUUUCAUUCCGAUCGACGAUGGAUAAAAAAGUAGAAGUGAUUGGAGGAUCAGAAUCGUAUGAGGCAUUAUGUAGGGAAUGUUAUGGGAUGAAGAAUGAAGAGAAAGAAGCUGAAGAGAAGUUCAAUCGAAUUGUGGGAAAGGUGAGAAUUUGAGAGGGGAUUGUUAAACAUUUUAGCAUUUUGAUAACUAAUUAGGCAUAUGCAGAUAAGAAUUCCAUAGAAAAUUAUAACAAAAAAUAGUUUCUUUUCGGAAAAAAUCAGAAAUACAACAACAAUUUGAUAUUGCCUCUAAUCAAAAGAAUAUUCUGAAAAUUUUUAGUUUCAAUUUUUUUAUGAGAAGUUCCCAUAUUGUUUUUUCAAAUUCUUCGAAAUUAAAAAAAAGUUUCUUCUCAAAAUCCACGACCUUGUCUUUUUUCCUUGCAAACAGAAAAAAAUGCAAUUUCCAAUUUUCUAUUAUUUGUUUGAUUUAUUUCACAACAAAAAAUACAAAAGAUUGUUGUGUUUGACGAAUUUGACCAAUGAAAAUCAAUUUUCCAUUGAAACAUUUUUUCCAGGAUGAAAAUUCGGUUGUGAGUUCGAAAAUCGACGAAUCCGGAUCGGCUUCGCCUCCAAGGAAAAAGAUUGGACUCACAAAAUCCUUGCAAUCUCAUUGA